UCUAUGGAGUGGUACAAUCUACAGGUCGCCUGUCUAGUGUUAUUGAUUCAGAUUUGAGAUAAAUGUUGGAGAACUGUACUUUGUAGUAAGUUUUUGGAUUAAAGUAAAAUAAUUCAAUACUCAAUAAAAAAUGUUUUUAGAAAAGCCUACCUAACAAACGGAUCAUAUUUUCCCGAUGUUGUAUUCUGUCAAGAUAAUUAAGUGAUUAGUAUUAAGUAUGCGGUGGUAAAGUCGAGGACGAGGAAACGAUGGCGGCAGACACGGCGGUGGCCCCCAGCCCCGAGGAGACUCUUGAGUCUCUGCUACGAGAGGUGGAGGCGUUGAAACAGAAGCUUGAAGAGGAACGCCAGAAAUUAAACGACGCUUCUUUGUCAUUUGUGGCUGAAAGAUUGGAAACUAUAAACUUUCCCACACUAAAGUUGAGGCGUAUGCUCAAGGGCCACCAAGCCAAAGUCCUCUGUGCUGACUGGUCUCCUGACAAAAGACACAUUGUGUCUUCUUCACAGGAUGGGAAGCUGAUAAUUUGGGACGCAUUCACCGCCACCAAGGAGCUCACUAUCCCGAUGCCCAGCACGUGGGUGAUGGCGUGCGCGUACGCUCCCUCGGGCAACAUGGUCGCCGCGGGGGGUCUCGACAACAAGGUGACCGUGUUCCCGCUGGGAGGCGAGGAGGAGCCCGCCGCGCGCAAGCGGACGGUGGCCACACACACGUCCUACAUGUCGGCCUGUCUGUUCCCGAACACCGACCGCCAGCUUCUCACGGCCAGCGGUGACGGCACCUGCGCGCUCUGGGACGUAGAGUCCGGCCAGCUGCUGCAGAGCUUCCAGGCGCACGCCGCCGAUGUGAUGGCGCUGGACCUCGCGCCCACGGAUAUGGGAGACGCCUUCGUUUCGGGGGGCUGCGACCGCGCCGUGCUCGUGUGGGACAUGCGUUCCGGCCACGCCGUGCAGGCCUUCGACACGCACCUUUCAGACGUAAACAGCGUGCGCUACCACCUCGGGGACUCGGUGGCUUCCGGCUCUGACGACUCCUCGUGUCGUCUUUUCGACCUGCGCGCUGACCGCGAGGUGGCUCGCUACGCCAAGGACAGUCUGCUGUUCGGAGUCAACUCUGUGGACUGGUCUGUUAGCGGACGGCUUCUGUUCGCGGGCUGCAGCGACUACACGGCCAGCGCCUGGGACGCUUUGCGGGCGGUGCGUGUCGGUACCCUGACUGGUCACGAGCAUCGCGUCACCCGCGUAGCGCUGUCUCCGGACGGCACGGCGCUGGCCACGGCCUCGUGGGACGCCACGGUUCGCCUGUGGGCCUGAUGGGAAUGCCCGGCAACCCCCUCUCCGACGCCUGCGUUAGAUCCGUUUCUAUACGACCACUGUAGAAGGAUCGUGUGCUCGGAAACAUGUAUUAGAAGAUUUUGAGUCCUCAUCCCCUCAUGAAGAUUCUGAAGAGUCCGUGUUGAAUUUUUAUUUAUUAGAGCGUGUUAUGUAGGUAUGUGUUACCCGUUGAAUAGUAUCUCGGAGCCCAAGGCGGAGUGCAUCACGGAGGUGGUGAGCAACACGCUGAGAUUCAAGUGUACAAACGGUGAGAUCCAUCAUCGAACUGCAACACGUCCGACCGGUCUCGUGCCGCCCGUCGCCCGUCGCCCGCCGCCUUCACCAAUAAAUUAUAUGUUGAAUAUA